UAUACUAUAUCACUACGUAUCACAGUGCACCAUAUGAUAUACGAUACUGUCUCAUUUAUAUAUGACUGGUGGAUAAGUUCUUAUAUUACUACUGAUGCCAAUUAUAUAUAGGAGUGUCGAAUCAAACAUAGUUGAACAUGUCAUGAACGUCUGGUUUAAUUAUUUGAUUCGCUACUUUAACGUGUAAGAUCGGGUGUAAAUGUUGACGUAUAACAAACGUUAGGAAAGAAAGUGAAAUCUACUUAAUAUUCUUGUUGCAAUUAUAUAUGUCAAAACACGUAGGAAAGAUGGCGGAGCAGAGUGACAGAAGUCAAUUACCGCCUGGUUGGGAAUGCAGAUAUGACAUUCGUAGUGGUCGUCCAUAUUUUAUAAAUCAUUUUAAUCGCACUACAACAUGGGAAGAUCCAAGAGUGAGGUACUGGCAGUAUUCUCAAUAUAUGCAAUCUCAAAACUCAAUGGCUUUGAGUUCAGCUACUACUACUACUACUACUACUUCUCAAGAUAUUCCUAUGCAGACUGGAGGAGGCGGAAGUGGUGGGCACUUAAGUUAUGUAGGUGGUCAUAGAGCUCCACAAAUUUAUCCGACACCGUCUCCUUAUCAUAAUCCACAAUUAGCAUUUUUACCUCCCAGUGCACAAGAGUUGAAAACACCACUAUCAUUGAAAUCUACCAGUGCAGUGACAACUCGAUUCGGCGAUUUAACUUUAGAAUCCCCGACUCCAUUAAGAAAUACAGAGACAAGCUUUACUCAAAACUCCGAUUCUGAAUCUCAAGUGGCAAAAAUCAAUGCUGUAUUUCCGACCGUUUCUGAUACACAUAUUCGUCUUUUAUUGAAAAAAUACCAUAACAGAGCAGCUUUGGUCAUGAGUGCUCUCCAAGUGGAAAAGAAUCCUCUUUGCGCUCCAGGACCAUGUACACCUGUAGGAGUGCAUUCAAAUUAUACAAUCCCGAGAUGGCGUCUACCAGCUCAUGCUAUACAUGCAGCACUAACAUUGAGUCCGCCUCGCGGAGUUCGGCCAGCCCCUAACUCCCCAAAAAUGAAACUUAGGUACCUGAAAAGUAUAUUUCCAAAAGUGGAUGAAACAAUAUUAUUGGAUAUAUUAGAACAAAGCGAUAAUAAUGUGCAAAAAGCUUCUGAAAAACUAAUUGAUUUAGGGUACGAAAAACGAAAUACUACUUUUCCUGUCAAGACCGUAGCAAAGAAGAAAGAAGAAGAACAGACAAACAAUGAGCAAAUUGCACCUACACCACCUCCACGCAUAAAAAGUUUAGAAGAAAAGAAUAUAUUGAAAAAGCGUUUAAUGGAAAAAUAUAAAAUGGUACCAGAUCGAGUGGUAAUGCUUGCCAUGGAUAGUGUAGAUUAUGAUGAAGAAAGAGCAAUGCAUAUAUUAGAUAUAGUAGUAGCAGAGGAAGCUAGUCGUCCGCUUUGUACUUCUGAUAGCAAAAGCAGUAAAAGUAAUGAACGAAAAGAUAGUCCACCAGUGAUGGAAGCUAUAAAGUUGACUGUUUCUCCGAUUAAAAAAAUAAAUAAAGGUGCAGAGACUGAAAAGUCGAAACGGUCCAAAAAUAAGACUGAGAUACCGAAAGUUUCACGUGGAACUAGUACUACAGAGGACAAAGAAUAUAAAUCUCCAUAUUUAAUAAAACCAAUCGGAUCGAAUUUGGAUUUAGUAAAAGGAGCAAAUAAUGAUCUAUUAUUUUUUAGGCCAGAUUAUGCACCUUGGUCGGGACCAGAUACAAGUUUGCUGUCCAAACAACCAUUUUCAAGAUCACUCGCGAUGGGGCAUAAUCCGACUUUACUUUCUACAAAUAAUUGCCUCGCUAAAGGUCCGCAGUCCGAAUUGCGAAAAGGACCACUGAGGGGAUUAGCUCAAGGUUCCAUCUAUUCACAAAGGAAUGUAGCCAAUACAGAGAGUCGGGGUAAAUGAAAUAUGUGCAAUUGUUUUUUUCUUAAUAUUUUUACAUCUAUUAAAUAGUUACACAUAAUUUAAUUUAGUGGCACUUGUAUAAUUGUCCCGUUUUUGGGAUAUCAUUAUACAUAUAUAUAAUUAUUGAUUUGCAUUAUUGAGACAUUAUAAUCCAUUAAUUUUUAAAUUAUUGAUUUAGAAUUUUUUCUCAAUUUAAACAUUAGGGAAUCGCGCGCGCGUGUAAGUUUUUUUUUUUUUUUAAAUCAUCAAAAACUUUAUUUUUUGAAAAACAAUAUAUAUGUUUAAUAUAUAAAAAAAAUUAUUACAAAAUAUGAUAUUGCUUACAGAAUGUUAAAAUGUCUCAUGAUGCUGUACAAAAUAAAAUUUUUUUCAGAUUUUUUCGAAUCGCGAAUCAAUAUUUAUAGAUUUUUAGGACAACUAAUUACGAAUUUGAGAUCAAAAUUAGAAAAUUUAAAGUAAUGAAGCUUAUACAGUGAUCAUCUCAAAUAAGUAAUUUUUGUAUUUUACAGUAGAGUUUCGUUAAUUUGAUUUGACUCUAGGGACAAAAGGAGUGGAAAAUUCUUGGAAAAGAAACGUUAAAGAAUAUUUCUUUGAAAAUAUUUUCUCUUACUACAGACUUACCACAGACGCGACUUAAAAAAAAACGCGAUAUUAGUAUUUGUGAAAAUAUAUGCGGGGAAGUACAAAAUUUAAGGAAACUCUAUUGUACAUAUGUAUUGAUCUGCAUCAAAUUUGGUAUAAAAUUUUUGAUUUGUAUUUAUAUGUAGAUUUUCACUGAUUGUAAAUCAUAGAUCAAGCAAAUUUAAAAUAUAGCAGUUAAAAUAGUUUAGAUUCGCUAUUUUUAAAUUUAUAAUUUUAAUCUAAGAUUUAUAUCAACAAAACCUAUAAUACCAAAUUAGUGCAAAUCAUUAUGCAUAUGCCAUGAACAUAAUAAGAAUUAGAUCGUUUCACAUGUUCUUCAGGUUACAUUAAUGUUCGAUCUAUUUUUUUAUAUGUCUGUGAUAUAUACAAAAAUUAAUGACAUCAUCGACAUUGAAUCUUUUUUAAUUCUUAUAAUUUCAAAUUUAAAUUAAAAUUAUGUGUAAUUAAUCAAUAAUCUCAAAAAUUCUUAGAUGUUGAAUUGUGCAUGAAUUAAAAGAACUUUUUUUUACAAUCAAAGAUGUUAUAUGUUUUUGUGUCUUUUUAAAAAUUAAUAAAAAUUUGUUUUAUUGAUAAUUCAUAGCAUACAUUUAUAGCUUAGUGAAUUAAUAUAUAUUUUUAUUAUAUUUAUCGUGGCUAUAAAAAGUCAUAAUAAACAAUUUAUUUUAUUAAUUUCUUUUGAAAUUUAAUUAAUAUUUAUUGUAUAAAUUGCUCAUUUUUCUAAAACAUUAUAAAUAAGAAAUUUUUAAAGACAAUGAUACACACAGAUGCAUAAACCAUAAUGCUUUUUAAUUUUGUCAAAAUUGAUACAAUUUCUCUCAUAUCGAAAAUAAACAAUUCAUACAUAUAAAUACAGUUAUCUUAUAAUUAUAUAGGUUUAAAUGUCAAAUGAAUGUUUGUACAGCACGAAAUUUAUAAAAUGCGAUAUUGCGCAAUUCAUAUCUCAAUAAUAAAAUAUCUAAUCAUUUAUAUUUAAUCUCUUAAUAUGGAUAUGGUAUUUUUAGUUAAAAAUAAGAAUUUUGCAGAUAAUGGCAUGUAAGAUUUUUAUUCUUUUGUGUAAAUAUUGUAUAAUGUGCAUCUAUAUUAGACAUUAAUUAUUAUAGUACACAUUAUUAUUACUAAUAUAAUAUAUGUGUAUAUGUUUGUGUUACGCGCGCGUGCAGUAUAUGUACAUUUUCUUAUAUCAUUUUAUGUAAAAAUAAUCUAUAAUAUUUAUGCAUUUCUACCUUGCAGUUGAUACAUAAUUUCAAAGAAAUGUUAAAAGAUUAAAAAAUAUUACAAGAUCUAAAUUUACUAGCGUAAAAAAUUUUAAUGUUUAAAAAAUAUCUUAAAGUAAAUAAGAUUCUUAAAGUAAGAACAGACAUAUAUUAACAAUUCAGUAUCAGUUAUUCAUAAACAAUUGAUGAUAAUGGAAACGGCGAUUCUAAUCAACUGUUCUUUUCAUUUUAACUGUUUUUUGUUUAUAUAUUAAGAUAUAUGAUCUUUCUUGACAUUUUUUUUGCAUUUUAAAUGCAAAUAAUGAUUAUUACUUAUGUUGUUAUAUGUGCUUAUAUUAUUUUUCUAUUUUAAAUGCUAUAUGAUAUUUCUAAUUAGGUUCGCGUCCAAUAUAUUUUUAUAUUCAAAAAAUUAUACCCAUUGUCACACAAAAUAUAUAUAAUCAGCAUAUAUAUUUAUAACAAAAGUAUUUUAUGAUGUUAUGCUAGCAAACAGCAAUUAAUCGAAAUAAAAUGUGAUUAAACGAAAGAAAAAACUGCAAAGAGAGAUGGUCGCUCGCAAGCACCUUUUUUACUUUUGAUUUAUAAUCUUAUUUAUUUUAACAGAAAAAUUUAUUUUUUACAUUUUUAUGACGGAUUUUAUAAUUUUUUAUUAGUUAAUUGGUCUUCAUCGAUCGGCUUUAUAGAAUAUCUCCAUUAAAUAAGAACAGUUCCUUAGAAUUAUAGAUUCUUUCUUCAGCUAAUUAAGCUGAUAGAAACAGAUAUUAUACUUCUAAUCUCGUUGGCUGCGUUUUUCAGCUGCAUUUUUAUGUAUGCCCAUGAUAAAAAUUAAUACGAGAUAAAUAUAUAUACCGUUUAUCGCAGUAUAUGCAUAGUGCAAUAAAUGAAAGAACUAUAUCGAUUUUACAUAUAUUUUAUAUGAUAUCAUCAUAUUUCUGUUAUUAUUUUAACAGACCAUGUUGUAUUUUGCUAUUAUUACUUGAGGCUUGCUCGAUUUUUGCCGCGUUUCUAUCGUCACAAUAUGAUUGCAAAUAAGCUCAAUUUCAAAUAACAAUGUAAACACGCUAUAAAAUUCAAGCAUGACGUGUCAUGCUGAUUAUAUGCUAAUUUAGUUGAUUUUUUUAUAGAAAUAUUAUAUCAAUACUCAAAUGCUGUUCUUUUUAUCUCAACAAUAAGUUCUAUUCAAUUCUUGCAACAUUUUUUUAGUAUGUCAUGAUAUAAAACCUGCUAGUUUUCCACUUGAUUUCUGCAAUAUAUUUAAUUUAUAAAUAAAUAAAAUUUUUAAAUAUAUUUGUAAUUUAGCUCCACUUAUGUACAUUUUCAUAUUUAUUUUUAUAUUGUAUCCAACUCUUUUUAAAUUUAUAACUGUAUUAAUAAUAUUUUGGUGGUAUAAAUUUUACACCACAAAAUAUAAUUGUAAAUUUUAUCACAUUCAAUUCUAUGUGACCCUAACAUACACAUGUCCAAAGACUCCAGAGGUCGUCCACAAGAUGUUUAACAUUCUCUGAAUGUCCUCCAGACAUGGUGUGUUGUUAGAGGAACAAUACACAUAAAAAUUUUAUCGAAAACUAAUAAAUAUAUUUUGCCAAAAUUUUAUUAAAAGAAGAGAGAAAUCAUACAUCAACAAUGUGAUACAUCAAUGUAACAACUUAGUAAGAUUUAAUAGAUCAUGACUCUAACACUAAUAAUAAUACUUCAAAACCAGAAAUUGUUAUUAAUUUUUAUGAAUAUGUUCCAUAAUAAUUGAUAAUAACAUAUAUAAUUUACAUGUAUAGUCAUCAUUCAAUAGACAGAGAGAGAAAAAAAAAGAGAGAAAGAAAUAGGUGAAAGAACAUAUAUAGUAUACUCUGCAGUAUUACUAUUUCUUUAAAUAAUAUUUUUAUCAUAAUUUUAUUACACAAAUAAAUGUAAUUAUAUGUACUAGUUUGAGAAAUUUAUCAAUAUUUAAAUGUAAACUUUUAUAAAUAAUAUUUUCUUAUUUAAUAACAUUUCAUAUUUAGAUUGUGAAAUAAAAUAAUGUGAUAAUUAAAAUAAAACAUUAAAACAUAAUAAGCAGAGAAAAAUACAUAAAGUAAUAUAAUAAAUAUAUAAAAACUCGAAAAAUAAUUUCCAUAUGAUAUUUUUAAUAUAUUUUAAUAUUGAUAUAUUUCUUAAUGGCACAUAUGCAUCUUUUUUAUUAACUAUGUAAUAUUAAAAUUAUAUACAUAUAAUAAGUCAUAUCCAGACUGAGAAAAAAAUUUUUAGUAAAAUUUGAAGGCAAACAGUAUUAAACGAAGUACAGUGUAUUAAAUUAUAUUUUCAUGAAGCAUAGAUAUAUAUGAAAAAAGUUCCAUUGAAUAUAUGGAUAUUUAUUAUGAUAUAUUUGGGAAUAUAUUUUAUAAGCUUGCAGUAUAAAAAACGAAUAAAUGGAGAGAUUAGUAAAAUAGAACCUGGCAUAUCUCUAACAAAAUUUCCAUAGAUCAAUAUGCAGAACAGGCCAUAAUUAAAAAAAUAGGGGAGAGGUUACUAAUAAUAAAAUAUAAUAAGAACAUUAAUAUUUAUAUAUGCUGUAGUAAAAAUUUAUCGUAUAAAAAUAUUUUCAUAACUCAAUUCAAGAGUAAUCCAGUCUUCAUCAAUACUUAAAGAUAAAAAGAUUAAUAAUAGAUGGGCUGUGGCUGAAAUGUUAGAGCUAUUUUUAUAGCUUUUUGACUCUUGAAGAUAAAUCAGAAGGAACAAAGUAAUAUAUUUUGGCUAUAUUUUAAGGAUUGCUAUUGGUAGAGAAGAUUAAUAUAUACAUAUUUUUAAUUUAGGCAUAAAUUCCACAUGCCUUUUGACAAUAUUAAUCAUUUUUAAUUAUUGUAAAAGUACCUUUUGAAAUAUAUUUAUUUAUGUAAAUAUUAUUUCAUAAAGAAAAAUUAUUUAAUAACAUCACAGAGAUUUGCGCAUUUAAAAUAUGUUUUAUUCUAAAAAAAGAAUAGUGAUGAUUACAUUUUUAUAAUAUAUUUUAAGAGGUAUCUUAAUUCAUAAUUCACUUCAUGAAAAUUUCAAUUCAUAAAUGUUAUGUUCUAUAAAAAAAAAUUUUGUUCAUUAACAGAAAUCGAGUUUCUAGCAUAUAUUUCACACAAAUUAAAUUUUAUAAAAAAUUUUAUGCUAUAUUUUGUGUUAUAUUUUAUGCAUAAAUGCCAUCUGAUGUAUGCAUCUGAUAAAGUUAAUCUCAAAAAUAUAUAUUCUUGUAUUAAUGAAAUAUUAUAUUCUUUGCACAUAACAUAUAAAUAAUUGUCUGCUUAGUAGAAAUUUAAUCUAUUAAUUUUAAGAAAUAAUUGUGUUAUAUUUAUGUGUAUAAAUAUUUUUUGUAUCACUAAUAUUAAUCUAAUAUCCAAGAAUAUAUGUGACAUACUUGUACUUUAUUUCAUUUAUACUUUAAUUAUUUCACUGUAAUUACUAGAAUUAUUUGCUAUGCUUUAUAGUUGUGAGAAAACCAUUGUAUCAAAAUGUUAUUUUAUAAAAGUUUACUUUGAUAAUGAAGUAGAAAAUACUAGAGCAAAUUAUCUACAAGUAGCAAUAUAAAGAUGAUAUAAAUGAUGAAAGCUGUUAUAUGUUAAGUAUUGCAAAUAAUACAACUUUUAUCUUUAGACAUAUCUGUGCAAUAAAAUAUCUGUAAUCAAA